ACCACGCUGAAGAUCUGAAACUUUUGACUGUAAUUUGGGCUAUUCUUAGCCUCUCGCCUUUAAACACUUAAUUGGAUUAGCCUCGCGGUUUGACAGCGACAGCUCAGAGCCACCAAUAGCGGGUGGCGUGAGAUCAGCUACACCGAUUUAACUAAUCCGUCUGACGCCCAAAGGUGCGGUGGGUCCUCAGCGGUGUAGGUGCGCUACAGAGAAGCCUGGGAAGGACGAACGACCUCGGCCAAACGAGUGGACUGUAGCCUGCUGCAGUAGGGCUGCUCCCCCACGAUGAUCAUAACACUGCGGGCUCUCUUCGAACAAGGGAGGACAUUUUUGGAUGCGCAGAAAGCAGUAAUUGAAGAUUUCACCAUGAACAAAAACAAGAGAGAAAAGGAGUUCUACAGCCUAGAUGUUGGAGACUCAACAUUCACAGUGCUGAAGCGAUACCAGAAUUUAAGACCCAUCGGCUCAGGAGCACAGGGUAUCGUCUGCUCAGCCUAUGACCAAAUCCUUGAACGAAAUGUUGCCAUCAAGAAGCUGAGUCGGCCGUUUCAGAAUCAAACCCAUGCCAAGAGGGCGUACAGAGAGCUCGUCCUAAUGAAAUGUGUCAAUCACAAAAAUAUCAUUGGCCUAUUAAAUGUAUUUACACCCCAAAAAUCAUUAGAAGACUUCCAAGAUGUGUACUUGGUGAUGGAGCUGAUGGAUGCCAACCUGUGCCAGGUCAUUCAGAUGGAGCUGGACCAUGAGAGACUGUCCUAUCUGCUCUAUCAGAUGCUGUGUGGUAUCAAACACCUCCACGCUGCCGGCAUCAUUCAUAGGGACCUCAAGCCCAGUAACAUUGUCGUCAAGUCAGAUUGUACACUGAAGAUUUUGGACUUCGGCUUGGCUCGGACGGCCGCCACGGGCCUCCUGAUGACACCGUAUGUGGUUACGCGUUACUACAGAGCGCCGGAGGUUAUCCUGGGCAUGGGCUAUCAAGCCAAUGUGGACGUAUGGUCAGUGGGCUGCAUAGUGGCCGAGAUGAUCAGGGGAAGCGUGUUGUUCCCCGGCACUGAUCACAUCGACCAGUGGAACAAAGUAAUUGAGCAGCUCGGCACUCCGUCUCAGGAUUUCCUAAUGAAGCUGAACCAGUCAGUGAGAACGUACGUAGAAAACAGGCCACGCUAUGCUGGAUACAGCUUCGAGAAACUCUUCCCAGACGUGCUCUUCCCGGCCGACUCUGAUCACAACAAGCUGAAAGCGAGCCAAGCGAGAGAUCUCUUAUCCAAGAUGUUAGUGAUUGAUGCCUCCAAGCGCAUCUCCGUAGACGAGGCCCUGCAGCACCCCUAUAUUAAUGUUUGGUACGACCCAGCAGAAGUGGAAGCGCCCCCUCCGAAGAUCCCAGACAAACAGUUGGACGAGAGGGAGCAUACCGUGGAAGAGUGGAAAGAGCUAAUUUAUAAGGAAGUGAGUGAAUGGGAGGAGUGGACAAAAAAUGGAGUGAUAAGAGGCCAGCCACCUCCUUUAGGUGCAGCAGUGAUCGACAGCCCCCCUCAGCCAACGUCCUCCUCUUCUUCAGCCAACGACGUCUCAUCCAUGUCCACAGAGCCCACUGACCCGAGCAGUGACCCCACCAUGACCUCUGAAACAGACAGCAGCUUGGACAGCCAUACCUCUCUGGGUGCGCUGGCCUGCUGCAGAUAACGGACACAUACAAAACGCAUAACACACAAACACACACACCUACACACAAGAGCAAACCUUUUUAGGCCAAUGGAACUUCUCAUGUUAGUUUUUAGAGCUGCGCUUUUAAUGUACAGUUUGUUUUUAUUUCCCCUCCCUCUAUACUGCUGUAAAUGAUUGUGGUUUGAAAUUGUAUCAUUAUUACUGUAUUUUUGCUGCAAAGAAUCAGAGUAUGUUUUGAUGUGAAUCUGUGAUGUAAGUUAUGAAAGAGAGGGAUUUGAGUGUACUUUACACAUUACUGUUUUUUAGCUACUGCUACACAGUCGACUAUCACACUGUUAGCACCGCAAUAUUAUGUUGAGUAUAUUUUUGAAUUGUUCAUUUGGCAUUUUUGUAUUAUUCUUGGGACAUUUGAAUGACUCUACACCAAUUCUCUCUUUUAAAAGUAGACUAUAGCACAUUUCAUCUCUGAUCCUAAUGCAAAUGGAUAAUUUUAUUUUGACACUGUUCCUCAUCUUUCUUGUAGAAAGCAUCCCAAGUUAACUUAUUUCUUAGUAUUAUGUCACCUCAGAUUGUGUGUAUCUUGACAAGCGGUCAAAUGCUCUGUUGCCCUGACACUGAAUUUCUUUUUUUCUUUUUCUUUUUUUUACUAUAGCAUACUGUAAACUGACUGUAUUUUAACUUGUUUAUUUACUUAGGUGUAAUUUGUAGAUGACGGUCUGUUGGAUGAGGAAGAACAGGGUGAAUGUAAGUGAAUAGAAAUGUGGCAUUGUAACGAGCCACUGUUAGCGCUGUAACAGGUUAAUCCAGGCCACUCCACUGGCUAGAAUGAGUGAGCUGUAUUUGGGGACUGUCACCAGAGUCUAAAUGAGUCACUUUACCCUCAUGGCAGGUUCUUUCAGACGUUAUUCACUGCUGUCUGAUAUUUAGGAUAUUUCAUUUAAGUGCCCUUACUCAGUUCAGUGAUUUUCAGUCCUCUCCGUGGCAGAUGCUCCUCUCUUCUGUGGUGCGUCUUUCUGAGUUCUACCUCACACACACACACUCAACCACACGUGUUUGAAGAUACAGUAUGUAUAUCAUGGCACACAUCAUUCGAAAGAAAUGCGAAAAAAGAUCCAAGUUUUUUUUUCAGCAUUUGUGUUAUUUAUUUAUUUAUUUAUUUAUUUCAAGCUAGGAGGUGUCUAUUGUAAUGUAAUGUACAUUUCAUUCAGAAGUACUAUUUAUAUGCAUUUUGUUUCUUUUUUUUUUCUGUGCAAUAUAAUCAUAGAUUAGUAUACUUGGUAAUUGAUCUGUACAAUUUAAUGUAGAUGUAUGUAUGUUUCUGAGAGUCAGGAAACAGGCAUUUGCUACCUGCCACGGUAACCUUUGGAUGUAUUUGAUGGCUCAAAUUCCCAACCUGUCCCUUUGCCCUUUUCAUGGUUGGGCACUCCAGGCAGUAACCCCCUAGCAUCAGCUCCCAGAAUGCACUUUGGGGAUUGUGACGCAUGUCCUGACCCUUUCUGGGCCACAUUACAAAUGACUGUUGUGGCUUCCUCUUUUUUGUGGUUUUUUUUUUCUUCCCCUCCAUCUUCUCAAAAAUAGAAAAGUUAGAAUAGACUACGCAUGAGUUUUCUCUGAGCAAAUCUGGUUUUAGUGCAGGUACAUUUAGAGUUAAAGAAAGGAAAGCCAUUCAGCACUACUGGGAUGAUACUGCAGUCUUCUGAUGGUUUGGCCAAAUACGGACAGUAAAGAGAAAAACCUGUUGUGGUGUGUUAUGAUAAGGCCAGGUGUGUGAAUUUUAGCCUUUGGAUAUGAAAUUGCCUCACUAACAGACCAAUAAUAUACAUCAGAAAUGGAAACUGUCUACAGUACCUUCAACUCCAGCAAAUAAAAGAGUUGAAUUUUAA